AUGGAAAGUGAUCGUCUUUUCUUUAUUCUUUUCGGUACUCUUUAUACGAUUGUUGUCUUACUCACAGCGAUCUUUUCAUUGGUAAUGUUGACAACAAUAAUCUAUCAUUGGCAUCCACAUUGCCGAUCUACUUCGAAUCUUCUUACUUGUAAUUCUUGUGUUGCUUUUCUCUUCUUUAAUAUCACUAUUGCCAUUCAAAUACCGAAUCUUUUUCAAGCUCAACAGCAGCAACUUACUAACAAUCUGGUGACGCCAUCUUGUCGAAUUCUUGCUUUUCUAUUUCUAUUUGCUUGUAUAGUAAAAAUAUUUUCUUAUCUUAUUCAGGCUAUUUCACGUUAUUUUACUAUUAUUCUUUACAAACGUAAAAUUCUACUCACUUACCGUACAAAUAUAUUAUUAAUUCUAUUCAGUUGGAUAUGUAAUCUAGUUCUAGGCAGUUCAAUGUUCAUCUCGCCUGUUGCCUUUCAAUAUGAACCCGAAUCUUAUCUUUGUGUUUUUACGACUAAAGUAUUUCAUACAUCAUUUACUUUGAUGAUUGUUGCUUUUCUCUUGCCUGUUAAUAUUAUUGUUCUUCUCUAUGGUAUUAUACUGCGGCAUACAACACGAACUAAUGUUAUUCAUGUUGAAAAUGUUCUUAGAAACAAUAACAAACGAAAUAUCAAAGUAUUUCGUAAUAUUCUUAUGGUUGUGGUUGUGCUCAUUGUCGGUGGAACACCGAAUCUUAUCUCCAUUAUAGUCAACCGUAUUGAUCAAAUUCCAUGGCCAUUCUAUUCUAUAUCUAUCUUUUUUAUUACGCUUUCUGCUGCCGUCGAAUCAUUUGUUCUUUUCUUUACCAAUAACGAAGUAAGAACAAUUGUCUAUCGGAAACUUGGUCUUCAUCAUCCUAUCGUAAUCCGUGUAUUUAAUGUGGGAACAACGACAAAAAAUUUGACUAUUUAUAAUAACACUAACAACAUCGCCACAGCACCAGUCAUGAUGACAUAA